CGGACAAGUCAUUCAUUCAUUCAUUAGCAGCCGGUCUGUUGGUCUCCUGACACACACCACGGGCCAUCCCGAUCAAAAUGCCCCCCCCACUAAGAACCCAUGUACCUCGCUCGCUGCUGUCUAUCUGUCGGUACCACUGCCGUCAGUUGAUGCUCAGCCGCACGAACAUCUCAACUCUGAUCUGUGUGCAUCGAAUCACAUGACAGUGGGUGUCAACUGACGGAUGACAUGAGGCAAUCCAGUGGGUUGGUUUGGAUGAAGAUCGUCAAGCCAUUCAUGUCAGUAGGUAGGUUGCUUUGUGUUUUCAACGCACACACACACACGGCACGCAAACCAGCAGGGGAACAUGCCACGCAGAGAGAGAAGGCCAAAGCACAGAUGGCAGUCCAGCCACAGACAGCGACCACGUCAGGCAUCGCCCAAACCACCAGAGGACAUCAGUCAGCGAAAACGACAGCUGAGGCAGCGAAGCCUGCCCACACACAUACUCCCCCCAUCCCUCCCCUCCACCACACCGUCACUCCACCUCCCCCACACCGUCACUCCACCUCCCCCACACCGUCAGUUGAUGCCCAGCGACACAAACUGCCCCCGCCUGUCUAUGUAGCCCAGCUGCUGCCACUGGAACUGGCAGUCGCUGCUGUCGAGGUGCUCGUUGAAGCCCUUGACCACCCCCUCAACGCCGUGCUGGGCCGCCUCGUCCAGCCGGGCCUUGUGGACCACCUCGCGCACACCCAACCUGCGGCCGCCCGCCCCUCCUAGCACGAAGCACUGCAGUGGCCCCUGGCUGUCCUCCCCGCUGCCCACCACCUGCUGAUUGCCCGCUGCCUGCAGCGACGCAGCGCUGCGCACAAACGCAUCCAUGGCCUUGUUGAUUCGCCGGCCGAAGAGCGUCGCGUUGUGGACGGGGCGGGGCGUCUGCUCGAGUGCCGAUGGGUCGACGAAGAAGGAGGCCACCCGCCAGGCGACGGCUGACAUGUCUUCGACGGCCAGCGGCCUGUUGUCGCUAUCGCCGUCUGCGGGCGACUCCGAUGUGCCCUGUUCGAUGGUGUUGGUGGGCUGGGGGGAGGGGGAGAGACAGGGGUGUCGGGGGAAGAGUGUGUCGAGCUCUAUCUUGGUCAUCUGGGGAAGGGCACACGUCAGCAGGGCCGCCCACUCGCGCUGAGGUCGCAGGGCGGCGUUGAUGGCCGACAUGACCACAUGGGGCACCUCGUUGAGCACCGUCGUGUACUCGACCAGCACCAGCUGCCGACGACGGCGGUCCUGAACAGUGGCAUUGGGCAGCCGGGCGAUAUCCGCCCCCGCCUGCAGCAGCACACAGAUGGUGGUCUUGAGACGGGGAAUCGAGGCUCUGGCGUAGUCCUUGGAUGACUCCUCCGCAGUGUCGUCGUCCAGCAGCUGAGUGCCCACAUCGAGCUCCCUGGCAGCAGACCAGAGGGGGGUGUGGUGGGGGUAAUUGGGCCUCCCUCUGUUGAUGUCGGCAGCCGUAAGGCGGCGGCACAGGGAGGCAGCCACACGGUGGGACCCCCACAUUGCCGCGUAGUGAAAUGGCGUCGCGUUACGGUAGUCCACUGCCGUGAUGUCCGCCCCACUGUCCACCAACAGGUCGAGGUAGCUGUCGAUAAAGGACUGGGACCACACGGGACGGUUGGAGGCCACCCAAUGCACCGGAUUGUCCCCGUACUCUCCAUCAGUCUCGGUUGCGAGGGUGGGGUUUCGAUCGAUGAGUUGCUUGUAGAAGGACAGCAGGGUGGCCUCGUGGUCCUCGGUGGGCCGGUCCGUCUCCAGUGUCCAUGGCAGCCCCAUCACCCCACGGCCCCCCAGCUGCAGCCCGUCCUCUGCCAUGAGCAGACGGAAGGCCGUCUCGUUGCAGGCUUUGAUGGCAAUGCGGAUGGGCGUGAAACCCGGCCAGUCCUCAACCUCCUCGUCGGUCGGGAUGGCGUUGAUGUCGGCACCUCCAUCGAUGAGUGCCUUCAUGACGCCCUCCUGCAGGUCGGGUGACGACCACUGAGGCAGAGCGACGUGAGAGUCAUCAUUGGCGUCUACUGCCAAGAUGGACGGGAUGCGGUACUCGGUGAGGUUGUCAAUGCACAGGGACAGCAGGGGAAAGGGUAGGAAGCGUCCCGUGGUGCCCUCCACCCGCAGCUGGGGUUGCGCAUCGGGGUCUGCUCCCUGCUGCUGAAUGAGGCCCGUCACCUGGCUGACUCUGGUGAAGCUGCGCGAGAUGAUGCCCGCAGCCAGUGGCAUGCUUGGAAGACUGGCGGCAACGUUGAGUCUGCUGUGUUCGACCCAGCCGAGGGGCAGAGCUGCACUCACCUCACUCAUCACGCC